GCUCUGUCCCGCCGCUUCCGUCGCGUCACGUCCGCGGGAAGCGGAGCGCGGAGCCGGCGCGGCCAUGGCGCCCAAGGGGAAGGCGGGCACCAAGGGCAAGAAGCAGAUCUUCGAGGAGAACCGGGAGACGCUGCGCUUCUACCUCCGCAUCAUCCUGGGAGCCUCCGCCGUGUACGCCGUAGUGAACCUGGUCAUCUUCUACUCCGCCGCCUCCGCCUGGACGUGGGUCGCGUUCGUCUUCAGCUUGGUGGUCUACGGCACCAGCUACCGGUCCAUGAACUCCAUGGCAAAGCCGUCUUUCACAGACGAUGGCAGCCUUGCCGACGGGGGAAUUGACCUGAAUAUGGAGCAGGGGAUGGCAGAGCACCUUAAGGAUGUGAUCCUGCUGACAGCUAUAGUCCAAGUGCUGAGCUGCUUCUCGCUCUACGUCUGGUACUUCUGGCUCUUGGCUCCGGGGCGGGCUCUCUACCUCCUGUGGGUGAACAUCCUGGGGCCCUGGUUCACAGCCGAGGCCUCGCCCGCUGCUCAGGAGCCCAACGAGAAGAAGCAGCGGCGGCAGGAGCGCCGGCAGAUGAAGCGCUUCUAGCCCUGCCUGGGCACAGAUCAACACCCUCUCCCAUCUCCAUGCUGUUAUUUCAUCAGGGAUGCGACCAAAACCAAUCCAGAACCACCGCAGUAGCUCUGUUGCCCUUUGUCACUGCUGCCAUUCCGACAGAAAGGCCGCAAGAGACUUCCCCUGGUUGGGUCUUGGCGUGGGCUGAGGCCUUGCUCCUCGGGCUGACAAGGGGGUGAUGCUGGGAUGUGUGUAAAUAUCUUUUUAAAGCAGCGCUGUAUUGCAUUCAGCGUUGGGGAGUGCAAUGCUGGAGGAAAUAGUACAUUAAAGAGCAGAGUCUUAACUGACCGUGCUGGCAGUGGGUUUGUGCAGGGGAGCUGUGAAAAGUGCCAGCAUGUUCUUGGAGAGCUAGGCUAGAGGGGAGCAGAAUCCCCAGUGUUCUCCUUUCCCAAGCUUUGUGCUGCCCUGCCUGCUACAGCCUCUGCACCCUGUGAAGAAUCUGCAGCUGCCCUGCAGGAUCAGGAGUGAGGGGCAGCUGGGGAUGCUGAGAACAGGGCUUGCAGCCAAACUUGGAGCUUUUGGGAUUGAGCCUGAGCUCUCUGGGGCCACAGACUGGCCUGUGCUACCUUUGCAGGAGCUCAGUGGGAUGUAAGACAAGAAGCUGUGGGGUUUGUUUGGUUUGGGUUUUGUUUUGUUUUCUCUUAAGAGGGUACUCCCAGGGGUGCCAUGACUGCUCCAGAGCUCAUGUGUUAAAGACCAGGAACAGGGCAGUUUUUACUUUUGCCUGAUUUGAUGUACUGAUGUCCUUGUCCAGUAUGUUGUUUGUCACAGUCCAUGACCCCUUCCAGCCCCUGACACACCAGUUCAGACUAUGCAGCUUUGCCUGUGCCAGCAAGAGGCACAGUGGGUGUUCACAGUGGUGCCAGCCAGGGUUUCGAUGCUAUCCACAACCUUUUGCCCACACGUCUUUUCCAUUACAUCACCUUUAUUACACGCUUUUUUCCUAACAUCAAACCCAGUCCCCACCCUGAGUCCUCAAAGCCAGGCAGGGUGGCCAUAGCUGGGGUGCAGAGCUGGGCAGAGAUUGGUAAUGGGGGACUCAAGUCCUUCCUGCUGCUGGUGGAGGACAUGAGGGAUGGGGUGGGGAGUGGAAAAGGCAUCCAUGGGGCGAUCUGUGGGUGCAGUGCAGCCCUUAUUCCCUGCCAGGCACAGCCCAGAGCCCCCAGCCCUGUCUCUGGCCCCAAGUAGGUGCCCCCACAGUGCUGGGAGCACUCCUGGUACCCUACAGCAAUCCCCCCAUUGCAACUCCCCCAGCACAGCCUUCUGCACUCAGGGACCAGCACAUCGCCCCAACUCUGCCCUCACUCUCCCUGAACCCUCUUGUCUGGCUCCCCAAAGCCACGUGGAGCAGCACAGGCAUCCCCAAAAUACACAGGGAGGAUGCAGGGGACACAUCAACACAACCACACGGGCCCUUGGCCGCGCUACCCUACACAGCGCUACAUGCACAGCGCCCGCCUCGGGCUCUGCCCUCCGCUCCAGCCCCAGUAAAACCCAGUAAACAGCACCAGUUACACCCCUGGGGUGCUGCUUCAGGGGGUGCCCCUCAGUCAGGCAGCAGCUGCUCCAGCUCUUCCUCGUUCAGGCCAUUGGUGGUGACAAUGUGAUCCAGCUGCUUCAUGUACCGCUCCAGGUCCUGCAUGAAGUGGGGGAUGCGAGCCUUCUCCAGGACCCCGAACUCCUUCAGCCGAUUCACAUCUUCAUAGGACACCUGGAAGGAAGGAGAUGGGGCCAGCAGUGGGAAGUCGAUGGUCUGCCGAUGGCGCAGGAUGCGGAGAAUCCCGUCCAGGUACACCUGGUCCUUACUGAAACAGCCUGGAGCAGCAGAAAAGGCCUGGGAGAGGGCUCCUGGCUUCCACCACCCUCCCCUUGCCUGAACGUUUGCUGACCACAAUAACCAGAAUGUGGGCACUGCCCACAAGUGUGCCAGGGCUCAGGACUGCCAGGUCCCAAGGGGUGACUACUGGGGAGGCAGCCGGGUGCAGCCAGAGCCACAGACCCUACUGGGAUACUUCCCAAGUAAUCCCCAAGUAAUUUUUUCAAAGGAUAAACCACUGCAAGAAUCCAAAUGUAACCAAAUGUAACCAAAUGUUUCUUCUCCUUCCCCUGCUGCUUCCCCAAGAGCUUGUGCCACUCCCAUGGAGAGGGAUACAGGGACUGGGGGCGAUGGCUGUGUUGGGAGGAAAGGGUUAAAAGCAAAACUCUAAUCUGGAGGAUUGUAAAUUGCUCAAGUGACCUUGCACCUGGGUGUAACUCUUGAUAAGCUUGUGAACAGCAGGCUGGUGACCCUUUGAUCUUGUGUUCCUCUGCCCAGGUGUUGGGUGUUGCUCUGGGGAUCCCCCAGUCAGCGAGGUAAUGCAAAUAAAUUUACUUUUUGUGUUCUA